AUGGCUGCUGCCGCUUCCCCCAAGAUCGAGGCCAUCGCCGACAAGGCCCCUGCCGCCCCGGCGCUGUCUGGCGUCGGCCUGUACUCCCGCUUCGCCCUCGCCGGCGCUGUCUGCUGCUCCGUCACCCACGGUGGCCUCACCCCCGUCGAUGUCGUCAAGACGAGAAUCCAGCUCGACCCUGCCACCUACAACCGCGGUCUGAUCGGUGGCUUCCGCCAGAUCAUCCAGAACGAGGGUGCCGGUGCCCUGCUCACCGGCGCCGGCCCGACCUUUGCCGGUUACUUCCUGCAGGGUGCCCUGAAGUUCGGCGGUUACGAGUUCUUCAAGCAGCAGAGCAUCAACCUGGUCGGCCUGGAGACCGCCAGCCAGUACCGUACCGGCGUCUACCUGGCCUCUGCCGCCUGCGCCGAGUUCUUCGCCGAUAUUGCCCUCUGCCCCCUCGAGGCUACCCGUAUCCGUCUCGUCUCUGAGCCCACCUACGCCAGCGGCCUGGUCAGCGGCUUCAGCAAGAUGCUGAGCCAGGAGGGUGUUGGUGCCUUCUAUGCCGGUUUCGGCCCCAUGCUGUUCAAGCAGGUCCCCUACACCAUGACCAAGUUCGUCGUCUACGAGAAGGUUGCCGAGGCCGUCUUCCGCGUCUACCCCAAGGAGUCUCUCUCCGACGGCAUGCAGACCGUUGCUAACCUCGGCUCCGGCCUGAUUGCCGGUUUCGCCGCCGCCAUCGUCUCCCAGCCCGCCGACACCAUGCUGUCCAAGAUCAACAAGACCAAGGGUCUCCCCGGUGAGGGCACCACCUCCCGCCUGAUCAAGAUUGCCAAGGAGCUCGGUCUCCGUGGCUCUUUCGCCGGUAUCGGUGCCCGUCUCUUCAUGGUCGGUACCCUGACCGCCGGUCAGUUCGCCAUCUACGGCGACCUGAAACGCGUUCUCGGAGCUCAAGGAGGGGUAGAAAUUUCCAAAUAA